CCGGACCCCGGCGGCCUGGAGCGCACGCGAGCUGGCCCUGGCCGUGCGGGCAGCGGCGCUCUGAGCCGCUCCCGAGAGCAUCGCGCAGCGCCCGGCGAUGCCCGGGUGGCCCCGAGAGCGGGCAACGGCCGCCACGCGGUGAGGGCGGGGGUGCGGUGCCCAAGGGAUCCACGACUGUCAGGAGCUGCUGCCGCCCUCCAUGGCCUACGUCCCGGGUGGGGGUGCCCCCGCAGCAGGGGCAGCCCCCACGGGCUCUCAGUAUUGCGUGUGCAAGGUGGAGCUGUCUGUGAGUGGCCAGAACCUGCUGGACAGAGAUGUUACCUCCAAGUCUGACCCCUUCUGUGUCCUUUUCAUUGAAAAUGACAGCAGGUGGAUGGAGUAUGACAGGACGGAAACUGCCAUCAACAACCUCAACCCUGCAUUCUCCAAGAAGUUCGUGGUCGACUACCACUUCGAGGAGGUGCAGAAGCUCAAGUUCGCUCUGUUCGACCAGGACAAGUCCAGCACGCAGCUAGAUGAGCAUGACUUCCUUGGCCAGUUCUCCUGCAGCCUAGGCACGAUUGUCUCCAGCAAGAAGAUCACUCGGCCUCUGGUGCUGAUGAAUGACAAGCCUGCGGGGAAGGGCUUGAUUACGAUCGCUGCCCAGGAGCUUUCAGACAAUCGGGUCAUUACACUGAGCCUGGCGGGCAGGAAACUGGACAAGAAGGACCUGUUUGGGAAGUCAGACCCGUUUCUUGAGUUUUAUAAGCCAGGAGACGAUGGCAAGUGGAUGCUGGUGCACAGGACUGAGGUGAUCAAGUACACGCUGGACCCCGUGUGGAAGCCAUUCACUGUGCCACUGGUAUCCCUGUGUGAUGGGGACAUGGAGAAGCCGAUCCAGGUCUUGUGCUAUGACUAUGACAAUGAUGGUGGCCACGACUUCAUCGGCGAGUUCCAGACAUCUGCGUCACAGAUGAGUGCAGCACAGGAUGGGGUCCCGCUGGAAUUCGAGUGCAUCAACCCCAAGAAGCAGAGGAAGAAGAAGAACUAUAAAAACUCAGGCGUCAUUAUCCUGCGUGCCUGCAAGAUAAGCCGGGACUAUUCCUUCCUGGACUACAUUUUGGGGGGCUGCCAGCUUAUGUUCACGGUUGGAAUUGACUUCACGGCCUCCAACGGGAACCCCUUGGAUCCUUCAUCUUUGCACUAUAUCAACCCCAUGGGCACUAAUGAGUACCUGUCAGCCAUCUGGGCAGUUGGGCAGAUUAUUCAAGACUAUGACAGUGAUAAGAUGUUUCCAGCUCUGGGCUUUGGGGCCCAGUUACCCCCAGACUGGAAGGUCUCUCAUGAGUUUGCCAUCAACUUCAACCCCACCAACCCCUUCUGCUCAGGCGUGGAUGGCAUCGCCCAGGCAUACUCAGCUUGUCUGCCCCAUAUCCGCUUCUAUGGCCCCACCAACUUCUCUCCCAUCGUCAACCACGUGGCCCGCUUUGCGGCUCAGGCCACGCAGCAGCAGACAGCCAUGCAAUACUUCAUCCUCCUCAUCAUCACCGAUGGCGUCAUUAGUGACAUGGAGGAGACGCGGCAUGCUGUGGUGCAGGCCUCCAAGCUGCCCAUGUCCAUCAUCAUCGUGGGUGUGGGCAACGCUGACUUCGCGGCCAUGGAGUUCCUGGACGGGGACAGCCGUGUGCUGCGCUCGCACACGGGCGAGGAGGCGGCCCGUGACAUUGUGCAGUUCGUGCCCUUCCGAGAGUUCCGUUCUGCAGCCAAGGAGACCUUGGCCAAAGCUGUGCUGGCAGAGCUGCCCCAACAAGUCGUGCAGUAUUUCAAGCAUAAAAACCUGCCCCCCACCAACUCAGAGCCCGCCUGAGAGCCGUGCGCACCCAGCAGCAUGCACUGGGCUUCCAGUUCCCAGCCCCCCUGGAACGCGCACGCUCACCCUGCUUCCUCGUGGGUGGCCUUUUUUUUUUUAAAAACCAAUCCACAUUUUUAUUUUUUACAACUGGACCUCCUCCCCCGACUUCCCCCAGCCCAGCUGGGCUUCCUCCUUUGGAGUCAGCAGAUGAUGCUUUGGGCCAAACCGGCUUCCUCUCUUCCUCUCUCCACCCGUGCCACACUCAAGUAUUGAAUGUACUUUGUAUAAUUUUAGUGGAAUUAUUAUUGUUAUUAAAGAGAAUAAAAUUUUUACGAUCAUAACUGGUGUUUUUCAAAUACCAUAGCUGCACUUGGAAAGGAUCCUGGCUGUGUGCAUGAUUGAGGCCCGUUUCCUGCCGGCGGUUUUUAUACUGUGACUGUGCUGUGUCUUCCUCAGGGUAUUAAAGGUGUUUCAGAUGUU